AUGGUUCCACCCACUGCCAAUAGAAGCACUUCUCGUCCACACGAUAAACCUGUUAGAAGACGCACCCAUAUAGCUCUCAAGGGCAUCUUCCCAAAGAGAGCCCAGAAGGCAUGUGUCCCUCCGGACGGCCUGGGCGUCGUGGAACAAGUAUUCUACAAGAUAAAACCGGGCAAGCCUCAGGUCAUCAUGGGCGCUGCUAUCAGACUCAGAUGUCCCGCUCUCAUACCUAGACUCGCGCCUGACCGUAUACUCGAUCUCAUCAAGAUUGCCGCUAGUCAGCACUUUCGCUUGUGCAUGUCGAUAGAUCCAGAGACUUUGAGAGCAGUACAUUUAGCUGAUACGGCCGCCGAUAUACCCGUAAUAUAUAGAGUAGUCGACAGAGAUUCAAACACGACAUGGCAAGAUGUCGUCCUCCAGGACAUCAACACAAACUUUGACUUGAGCGACAAGACAAAGCCAUUAUGGAGAGUCUCUAUUGUAGUACCCAAAGAGAGAGAUUAUACUCAAUAUGUACCAUCGCAGCAUCGUGAAUCUCCCGAAUCGAGAGCUGAAAGUGGCGUGACGGAUGCCACGCAUAUCCCGCCGUUGACUACUGUAUAUCUACCACCACAUGAUCCAAACGCAGCUGCUACCAUGCUACCACCACCACCAGGCUCGACUGGAAAUGCAUCAUCGGUAGCUGGAUCGGAUAUAACUGGUGACGCUCCAACCGUAGUAAAUAAUCCUAGUAAAGAGGUCGUUUUCGAUGGUAUAGAAAUGAGUGAAAUCAAAAAGCAGCAGGCGCACGCUAGUGCUUCAAACAAUAAAGUACCUGAAAUAGCAGCUGCUGAUGGUACAGCAACAGCAGGAACAUCACCACCAUCUCACGAACCUGGUGCUAGUAGUAGUGGCAGAAGACGAGGCUUGUCUCGACCAGAACUACCUCAUUCGCUAAGUAGAUUCUUUAGUGUUCCUCAUGGAUUGACGCUCCCACAUAUCCCAACUCGACCAAUGGGCACUCGAGAAUGGACUGUCGGUAAUUGGAAGGUGGAAUGGCCUGAAGGUCACCCCUUCCCCAGACUAGUUAGAAUAAACGCUGAAGGUGAAAAGCAAGCACCAACAGAACCUGAACCACCUGCUGACGGUGAAUCAUUCGAAAUGUUAUUUACCUUCAACCAUGUAUUGGGUGAUGGAUUAUCCAUGUGGGCAUUCAUGAGGACAUUCUUUGAUUAUGCUACUCCUGAACGUCUAUCGCCUGGAGUACAUAUAGAUCUGACAGACUUCCCAUGUGUCAAGACGCCACCUCCAUUGAUCGAUAACUUGUUGCGGCCAAAUGUAAUUGAAAUCACUCCUAUAUUAUUGGGUAUGUUUAGACGAUUCAUCACUCGACGUGGUGUUCGUCGAUUCAAGGGACGUACUAAAUCGAAUCUGACUGCUACUGCAUUGGUUACCAACUUGGGUAAAAUCAAUGGACAUAUCGGUAGAAAGAUGCUUGAAAAGACCGAGAAUGGGAAGAAGGCAGGUGCAGCUGUAGAUCCACUAGAUGAGAAACCAGAGUAUCAAAACACAAACCCGAAUCUCGACGGCCAUGAUAAUACCACCAUUAAUAAUAACAAUAAUAAUAGUCCCACCCAAGCACAGGCCAAAGCAGCUAGCACAGAUGCCAUAGUAGAAGAACCCGAUGAUCGUAUCUCGCUAGGACCAGAAUUAGCUUCUCCUCUCGAUCCUUUCGGUCCACCAGCAGAUCCAAUCCACUUUAUACAUCCUAGUAGCGGUAAAACACGAGCACGAUUCCUCAUGCUAGAUCACGACUUUACUGAAGCUAUACGUAAAAAAUGUAAUGCUGAAAAGACGACGGUAGCAGCUGCAGUAGUAGUAGCUGCCAUGGCAGCAGUCCGAACGCUGUCUGAGUCCAUGCCAGGAUAUACAGGUGGUAAAAAACGACUGCCAAAUCGACAAGGAUGGGUUGUAACAUCGUCAGUACGCCAUCUCUUGCCAAAUCACACGUCAUUAUAUGGUGGUGAACGCAUGGACGAUCCAUCACUUAAAGUAUUUGGAGGCUACGGCGGAUCUAUAUUCAACAACAAUCUCCGAUUUGUCGACGACCACGACUUUUGGGAACGAUGUCGCCGAGUAAAACGCGACAUUCGCCUCUCAUACCGCACAUCCAUAAUGCGAAUGAAGCUAGUCAAUUGGUGCUACCGCCACCCCACGCUCUGGGAAUGGGUCAACAAACGAGCCAACCUGUCUAAACUAUCUCGAGCAUACUCUGUCGAACUAGCCAAUCUGGGCGCAUGGGAUGCACCAUGUGCGCUACCAGGAGCAGGCGAAUCUGAUCCCCGCUUACGUCUCGAUGGAUUCUCCGGGAUAUUGAACUCGUCGUUUGAUGGUGUGCGGGGCCUGUUUUGUGUUGGUACGAUGAGCAUGUCUGGAGCCAUGAGUAUCACUGUUGCGUAUGAUAUGGGCGCCGUGCUGGAGCAGGAUGCGGAUUUGUUUGUGAGUGUGCUGCUCGGGUGUUUGCAGAGGAGUGUGAAAUAUGGAAAGCUGAGUGUGCUUAAGGCGCGGACGGAGGAUGGGACUAUUCCGAGGCCCAAGGUUGUGGAUGGGCAUGUGUUUGUUGAGAUGGAUGGUGCUGGGGGUGGGGAGAUGGUUGAGAAGGGAAAGGAGAAGGCUGGGAAGUAG